AUGCGAAACGGGGUUUCAUUGAUCGGAAAAUCUUUCAUACGGCCGAAGGAUUUCAGCGUCGACGAAAUUAAGUCGCUCCUGUGGACCGCGAUUGAUCUUCGGAGGGCACACGAAACCGGAAAUUUGAGUCGGGAUCUGUUGAAGCACAAAAGAGUGGUGUAUCUCAGCUCCAAGCAGACCGUUCAGAGCGUCGCUCUGGCAUCCGGCGCUCACCUGACCGGAGCAUCCUACAAUCACAUGGUCGUACCCUCGUGGGACUACAAGCAUAACCUUGAGCAUCUGGGGAAGAUCAUGAACGACAACGUCGACAUGUUCUUGUGCCAAUGCAAGAGAUUCAAAGUGCUCGAAGAGAUGAUUCCGAAGAAUCGUGCAGCCAUCCCGAUGGUUCUAGUCAAGUGCUGUAAAUUCUCAACGCCGCAAGCACUCAUCGAUCUGAUGACCAUUCAGAUGAAGUCCGGAAAACUCGCAGGUUUGAACAUCUCCUGGAUAGGACCGACGUGCAGCAAAAUUAACUCGUAUUUAUGCAUUUAUUCACGUUUAGGUAUGAAUAUUAAGUAUUGCUGCAACGUUGCUCCAGAUUUACCGAUGAGUCCUAUCGGUUUACCGAACGCGUCGACAUCGACGUGUCAGGUGGAGGAGUUCAGGAAUUUUCGCGAGGGCUUGAAAGGAACGGACGUGAUUGUGAUCAAGUCGUACAAAUACGGCGACUUUCAAUUGCACUCCGAAGAUGUCGCUUUAGCUAACAAAGAUUGGAUCCUGAUCCAGCAGUUCCCCAUCAAGCGGGAACAGAUUGAAGACUCGAUGAACGAUCGAAACAUGAUAUGGGAGAGCGUCAAAAAUGCAAAGUACAUAUACGCUGCUUUGAUGAUCAGAUUAUUGAAAAACUACACUCACAACGUUGAAAAACCAAUUUCGAAAAUUUUAUUGACGCCGUUGAUUGGAUUUGUCAACGACGAUUUUCAAACGGGCAAAGCGUACGUUCGUGCGAACUUCGAGUACGUUCGUGCGAACUUCGAGUACGUUCGUGCGAACUUCGAGAACGUUCGUGUGAACAUCGAGUACGUUCGUGCAAACUUCGAGUACGUUCGUGUGAACCUCGAAUACGUUCGUGCGAACUUCGAGUACGUUCGUGCGAACCUCGAGUACGUUCGUGCGAACCUCGA